UGAGGGAGUCGUGGCGGUGGCGUGGAGGGAGCAUGGCGGGCUCGCAGCAGCUCUGCCUGGAGGACGGGCAUGUGAACGAGAAGGUCAGCGACAGCCAGCCGCGGUUCUACUACAGCGAGGAGCAGCGGCGGGCCGUCGAAGUCCUGGUCGCCCAGGGGGAAAAGGGGUACAAGGAGCGGCUGAAGAAGGAGCAGCUGCGCGACUUCCUCUCCAGCCGUGAGCGGCAGGCCCUGCGGGGCGGCUGGCGCGCUUACGAGGCGCACUUGGAGGGCGGCAAGCCUCUCCUUGGGCCCUCGGGGAAGCCGCUGUCUCUGGCCUACUGGCCCGAGCGCUCCGACACCGAGAUCCCCCCGCUGGACUUGGGGUGGACCAACCACACGUUCUACCGCGGAGUCAGCCGCCUGGCUCUCUUCACCCACCCGCGCAAGGAAGACCACGCGCCUCACGUCAAGGAAGUGGUGCGCGAAAUGAUCCAGCAGGCGCGGAAGAUCAUUGCUGUAGUCAUGGACCAGUUCACUGACAGGGACAUCUUCCGGGAUAUUGUAGAAGCAGCAAAUAGGCGUCGGAUCCCAGUUUACAUAAUCUUGGACGAAGAAGGUUCUACAUUCUUCCUGGAGAUGUGCAAAGGCAUGGAGCUCAAUGACUUCCAGAUCCGGAAUAUCCGAGUGCGGUGUGUGACUGGUGUUGGGUUCUACAUGCCAUCAGGGAAGAUCAAAGGCAACUUGGCUUCCCGAUUCCUGAUGGUGGAUGGUGAAAAAGUCAUUACUGGAUCCUACAGUUUCACAUGGACCUCCUCCCACAUAGACAGGAACAUUCUCUUGGUCUUAACAGGGCAGAACGUGGAGGUGUUUGACAUUGAAUUCCGGGAGCUCUAUGCCAUUUCAGAGGAGGUCAAUCUCUACAAAGAGCUGAACAUUCCAUGCCCUUUCCGUCAAGGCAUUGGGAAACAGGGGUUUUCCUCUUCUACUGUGGCUCGGAAGGCCAUCAGCCCAAAAUAUGGAUUGGUGGUAGGGGUUCCUCCAGGAGAAAUGAUGCGCUGGGCCUCACGCCAGAGGCAUGAGUCACAAGGGGAACUAGAAAGAAGGGAAGAAGAAAGUGAGUCAAAUAAGCGACUACACAAAUUUCUGGAUGAUCUUGUCACAGAGGAGCAAGUGCUGCCAGAUAUUGAGCCUCCGUUUGAGGAUCUGAACAGAGCAAACCGGAGUCCUCGUAAGUUAUUUCCUCGGUUCAAUCUGGACCUGAAAUAUAAGUCCAAAUCUAGAGAGUCAAUUCGUGACCUCAGGAAGGAUGAUGCUGCCAAUGGAGAGGCUGGCUCCAAGCAGGGCAAGAGGUUUGGCAGUGGAUUUUUCAAAAGGGCCAAGCGAUCACCACCUGGGAAUUCUGAUGCCAAUUCUGUUACUAGUGAGAUUGAAGACUUUGUGAUUGUGAAGUCACCGAAGGAGGGCCAAGCCAACUCUCACCCUGUUAGCAUUCGUAGCAGUGGAGGUGCCUCAAGUAAAAUGAGCCAAAGCUCCCCUACAGGGGAAAAAGCCAAACAGUCAGCCUGUGUGGUCUCAUGAUCAAGGGGGGAAAUACUGCUGGAUAACUGAGAAUCCAAAGGAGCCUUCGCUGGAAUACACAACAUAGGCUCCGUUCAAAUCUGCAGUCUGGUUUUCUCACAAUGGUCUGCAUAGCCACUGCAUUGUCAAGGACAGAGCUGUCCUACCAGAGGCUGUCUACCUUAAGAACAUAAGAACAGCACUGCUGGAUCAGGCACAAGACCCAUCUAAUCCAGCAUCCUGUUUCAUACAGUGGCCCACCAGAUGCCUCUGGGGAGCCAACAGGCAAGAGCAGGCAGAGGGUAAAGGUAAAGUGUGCCGUCGAGUUGGUGUCAACUCCUGGAGACCACAGAGCCCUGUGGUUGUCUUUGGAAGAAUACAGGAGGUAGCCCCCCACUGAAAUUUGAAACAACUGGC